AUAUAUAUAUAUAUAUAUAUAUAAAUUAUAACAUAUAUAGUUCAUUCCAAGUUACCAACCUCAAGAGUCUUCCAUCAGCUUUCUCUAUCCAUGGCAAUCAUUCUUGUCCUCUUUUCGUUGGGAUGUCUGUUUAUGAACUCUGAAUCCAUCAGCCGAUGCGAUUUCCCAGAUGGGUUCAUCUUUGGAACCGCUUCUUCGGCCUAUCAGUUUGAAGGGGCUGUGGAUGAAGGAAACAAGGGAGCUACCAUAUGGGACACCUUCUCAAAGCAGCCUGGAAGGAUUUUGGACUUCAGCAAUGCGAAGAUGGCUGUUGAUCAAUAUCAUCGGUUUGAGAGUGAUAUAGACUUGAUGAAGGACUUGGGAAUGGAUGCUUACCGAUUCUCAAUAUCAUGGUCAAGAAUCUUUCCAAAUGGAACAGGGGAACCAAAUCCAGAAGGAAUAGGAUACUAUAACAACUUGAUAGAUUCUUUACUGGAAAAAGGGAUUCAGCCCUAUGUGACUCUGUAUCAUUGGGAUCUUCCGCAGAUUCUUGAAGAUAGAUAUGAAGGAUGGUUAAGCAAUCAAAUAAUAGAGGACUUUGAGCAUUAUGCUUCUACCUGUUUCGAAGCGUUUGGGGAUAGAGUGAAGAAUUGGAUCACCUUCAAUGAACCUCAUGGCAUUGCCAUUCAAGGUUAUGACUUAGGGGUCCAAGCCCCAGGAAGGUGCUCUAUCCUCGGACAUGUAUGGUGUAGGACAGGAAAGUCAUCCACUGAACCGUACAUAGUAGUUCACAACAUUCUUUUGUCUCACGCGGCUGCAUAUCAUAGUUAUCAGCGUAAUUUCAAGGAAAAACAAAGAGGGCUUAUUGGGAUGGCGCUAGAUGUCAAAUGGUAUGAACCAAUCUCAGACAGUGAUGAGGACAAAGAUGCAGCAAGCAGGGCACUGGAUUUUGGACUUGGAUGGUUCCUUGAUCCACUUCUCCUGGGGAAUUAUCCUCUUUCAAUGCAGAAGCUGGUGGCUGAGAGACUACCCGAGAUCAAGCCUGAGGAGUCAAGGCUAUUGCUUGGGUCCCUUGACUUUGUAGGCAUAAACCAUUACACGACUUUAUAUGCCCGGAAUGACAGGACUCAGAUUCGGAAAUUCAUCCUGCACGAUGCUUCAUCUGAUGCUGCAGUGAUUACUACUUCACACAGGCAUGGAGUUGCUAUUGGAGAGAGAGGCACCUCUCAUUGGUUACACAUAGUCCCAUGGGGCAUCCGAAAGUUAGCAAGAUAUGUAAGAGACAAGUAUGGGAACCCACCAAUGAUCAUCACAGAAAAUGGUAUGGAUGAUCCAAAUAAAUCUCAUAUACCUUUAAAAAAAGCUUUACAAGAUGACAAGAGGAUAAACUAUCACAGGGACUAUCUGUCAAACCUAUCUGCUGCUAUAAGGUACUGGCAACCCUAAGCUGACUUCUUGGUAUGCUUUCUCUUGGAUUCACUGUGAUAAUACAUAUUUUGUUGCUCCAAAGGGAGACCCUUCUUUUAUUUCUUUUGGUUCUGUACAUGCUACUAACCAAAAACCUGAAGCAAUGCAGGCAAGACAACUGUGAUGUACGUGGUUAUUUUGUGUGGUCCUUGCUUGACAACUGGGAAUGGAACUUAGGCUAUACCAUUCGCUUUGGCUUAUAUUUUGUAGACUACCGGAAUAAUCUUACAAGGAUUCCAAAGGCUUCUGUUAAAUGGUUCAAAAGUAUACUGAGAUUGAAAAGUGAUCACAGCUAUCAGAUAUAGAACGUCAAUUAUCAUCAACAUCUCAAGCUUAUGUUGUACACAGUGUUAUUGUAAACAGAAAUCAAUGCAUUGUAUACAAGAAAGGCUAAAGCAAAACUAGGCCAAAUUUCAGGAGGGGACCAAAUAUUCAGAUUUGAGAUACAGCCCAAAUACAGGGUCUGUGAAACAUUGUAUAUAAAUUGUAAUCUAUUACGAGAGUUUGAUUCAGCUGCCUAUCCUACUGUAUUAUGGACACUAAUUUGAGUCCAUUGAAGUGAUAUAAUGUGGUUAAAUCUCAUUGCUUAAUCGAAGA